ACAAAACUUCAAAGUCAAAAACACGUGCGUGAAUGUUAAAUUUGUUUUGUGUUUAUUUUAGAAAUUUAGAACGAAAACUGUGAUUUUAUCAUAAAAAUGGGUAAACGAAAAUAUGAAGAAAGCAAAAAAGAUGUAGCAAAACGUAGUAAAGGAGAUCAACACGAUUCUGAGAUUGGCCAAGGGGAAUCUGAAACCGAUCCGCCUGCUGAACCAAUCCAUAACCAAAAAACUAUUAAAGUGGGUUCUUUUGAAGUGAAACACUUUCGGAAGGAGCUGGCUACUAAACAGGGGCAGACUAUGGUUCUGACUCAAUUUCUACAAGUUUGCUUGAAUCCUGAUAAUGAAGUGGAUUACCUACUAGAAUACUUGAAGAUUGGUGGAAAUUCCCAUGAGAUCCUGCGGCAGAUUAAUGCAGACAACAAGAAAAACCUCACCCUGGCAACACCAGCAUUCCAUCUAUUCCACCUUAUCAUCCUCAAAGUCCAAUCCACCCUUCCUCACAUGAUCGCAGUCACUGAAGAGGCAUGUCGGUAUUUCCUUAAUAAUUUCAUGUCCACUGUUGAAAUUAUGAUCAGUGAAAAUUCUGGUCCUCGUCAUAGAAAAAUAGUCCUUAAGCUACUAACUUCAAUGGUGACUUUGAAUUCAGAUUUGGGAAUAGAAGUACUUAACCAGGCACCAUUGACACCCAAGCAUUUACAAUACAUUACUGAGAAGCCAAAUUAUAAAGAAAAAGAUAAUGUUCGCACAGCUUUUGUUCAUUUUAUGACAUCUUUCCUUGUUGAAGGUCAUUUGCCUUUGAUUAAGGCUUUAUUAGAAAAACAAGGUCUUCUAGCCCUUGUCAUACCAGGGCUAGUCCAUGAUGAAGGGGAAGCAGUGCUAAUAUUUCUAAAUAUUCUCAAAAAAAAUGUAGUAGAUAACCCUCUCAUUUCAAAGAGUUUGAAACUAAAAAUCUUCAGUCAUCAUGUGCUGCACAACAUGUUCAAGAUAUUUUCUUGGAAAGGUCCUCCAGAAACAAGUAGAGAUAUCCAGAACGAGUUUCGCCCAGAAAUUUCUUCUUUAUUGACAGAGAUGAUACUCACAGUAUUCACAUCUCACAAAUUAGGUGUCUACUUCAUAGACAAUUCAUUGGGAACCACAGAUGUACAUAAAAAUCAAAAUUUGUACAAAGCUCUGCUUUCACUGAAACGCCCCUGGGAGAAUGAAAGUGAAUGUGAAGUAAUUCUACAGAUUGUUGACAAGUGUCCUGACUUACACAGAGCUGUGAUAAGUAUUAUAGAACAGAGUUUCGAACCACAACAUUCACCAAUUUGGGAGAGAGCUGUUGGAUUUGCCAUGAAGUUAUUGGAUAUUUUAAAACCUGAAAAUUUUAUUUCUAGAUUUGCUAAGUUGGGUGUUGGUCAAGUUUCUAACUUCGUGAGAUUCAUAUCUUUACCUUUACCACUUCUGAAAUUUAUAAAUAGAGAUUUAGGAAAAGAUCUUUCUGUGUCACUGUAUUGUAUUAAAUUGUUGGUAAAAAUGCUUCAAACUCUAAGGCGGUACAUGCAGAUAUUGGGUCUACAAGACUCACAGGCUCAAAUCACAGAUUUGAAAAGUAAAUUGGAAUAUUUCUUCCCCAAACAUAUGCCUGCACCGGCCACCGCUGUGGCUCUCAUAAAUGACGUCAUGGAAGACAAAGAAGAUACAAGCAAUCCACAAGGAUACAGACUUCCUAAAUUAGAUAAAACUGAAUCUUUGACGUGCCUUGUAGAUUUAUUAUUACUUUAUAAUGACAUACAGCCAACUUUUUUCGAAACUAUAGAAGACAGCAUUGACAUGAAAAAGAUUCUCGACUUUUCUAUGACUCUGUCCAGUGGCAAUACUUCUCUAUUGAAGUUUAAAAUAGUCUCUCUAUGGUUAACUCUUGACAAUACUGGGGUUUCAGUGAAAAAUCCAAUGUUUAAAGAGCUGUUUCUUAUAAUGUUGGAGGUUUAUACAAACGUUGAUGAUGAUACGUGGAUUGAUGCAAAGGAUACUUUAUUCACCUUUUUUCAAAAUACAGCAAUCUUCGAAGCUGACGAAGAUGAAAUUCAUCUGAUCUUAUAUUUGCUACGUAAUUCUAAAUUUAAGCCAAUAUCACUGAUAGCAGAUAUUGUUGAAUAUGUUCUGCUUAAUAUAGAUCAGUUGACUAAUGUAAUAAGAAAUAAUGUACUAGAUUUUGAAAAUGCUUACAAAACUAAUGAAGGAUCUUUGGAUAAACUGUUAGAUGAACUAACAGAAGGUCACAAUACAGAUGAUGAUGUUUUCUUAGAAAGUAAAAUUCCUUCGCCUUUUGUGGUUGGAUGCGUUCAAUACGCUCAAGGGAAUAAAACAGCAAAGAAGAAUUUGAAAUCAUUCUUAUCUCUAUACAUAGCUAAUCUGUUUCACAGUAAUUACUCUCCUGAGUUUUCAGAAGUAUUACUGGGUGAUCUAAAACUCGAUGCUAGAAGUUAUGUUAACAGUUGGCUUUCAAACCCAGUAGAACUCUCUGAUUCUAUAAUAGAACAAGGAAAUACUCUUAAUACUAUUUCCAGAUCUAUAAUAAACGGUGAAGAUCUAAGACUAAAUAACAUUUUUACAUUUAUUGAUGAAGCAACAGGAGAAGAAAAAAGUGAUUUUACCGCAAAGAACGUUUAUUACAAAAUCAAAGAUGACCAAAAUAUAGACAGUUCAGAGUUGUUAAUAUGGGCGAAGUAUUUGAUAUUUUGUACGGUCAGAUUGUCAGAUAUGGGAUUGUUGGAAGAGGAUCGACAGGAAAAAAUAACACUAUAUUUUCAGACGCUACUUAUCAUUGGAAAGAAAAGACACAUGAUGGAUACUUGCAGAAAUAUUGUACUAUCAUUAUUCAAGAAUCCUCAUGUUUUGAAAAAUUACAAGCCACUAGAUUCGAAAGACAACAAAAAUUCUCUGUUGCCUUCAAAAUUUCUUUUAGAAGUAAUAAAAGAGCAGAUUGAUAUAAUACAUUUCUUAGACACCAAAUACAGGAUAUUGAUAUCUUAUCAACAAAAAAAUUAUUUAGAAAUAAUAAAAACGUUAAACAAAAUUAAUAAGAGAAGAAAUAUGGACAGUGAGCAUACAGUAAAAAUAUUGAAUGGAAUUGGAUUGACAAAAGAGGAAGACUUGUUAGUAUUCAAUAAAAUAUUUAGCUGUGAAUUAAAUUCUUGCGUCAAGGACGACAAAGAACCGAGCAUAUCAUUAGAUAUAUUACAAGCUUUGUUAGACAAAUAUGCAAAAUCAAUCAAUGUGGAGUUGCCACAACACGUUUUACGGAAAGCUAUGAAGCUUUACACUGAAUUACUUACUAACAAAGAUAUUACAGCAAAUCUCGUAAAUUUAGAAUUGACAUUUGUUAAAUAUUUAGAUAAUAAACCACAUGAAGUGUCGUAUAUACCAGAAGAUAUAUUUAAAAAUUUUUUCUACGCUAACGCUGUGUGGAAGUCUACCUCAAAUUUAGCGUCCAUUUUACUAAAGUUCAAUGCGAAGUUUUGCAAAGUUUUUAAAGAAGAAAUAUCAAGACCAGAAAUAUUAAGUUUAAGAGAACUAACAUUACCAUUGGGCGAUGCUGUAAUAAAUCAUAAUCAAUUUCUAAUGAAUAAUAAGGAUUUUCUACCCAUAAUUUAUAACGAGUAUAAAACUAAUGUAAAUAAACUUCUAGAGAAGCCACAUAAAGCUGGACAAGUUUACAUAAAUAACUGGAGAUUUAUCAAAAAAUUGAUUGUAGAAUGUAUGGAAUUAAAUGAUUGUCAAAAAUUUUUUACAAAAAGCCAUAAGUAUGAGGUAGUUGAUAUGUGUCAUUUAGAUCUUUUCCAAACAGUAUUUAUGAAAUUAUGUCUUUCUGAUGAUGGCCAUAAGAAGGAAUAUUAUGUUAACUAUUUGUUAUCUGCGCUCCACAUUUUAACAAUAGCUCUGAAAGAAAACAAGGGCGAUGACGUAGUUGCUCCUAUUAUAAUUAGUGUCAACGAGGUCACGAAGGUUUGUAAAUCCAUAAAAAAAUUUGAUAUGAAUCAGAAAGAAGACUUCAAGAAAGUGGCAGAAAGUGCUAUUUGGCAGAACUUUUGCAAGUCAGUCCUGAAAGAUUCGUUAAAAGUGAAAAACGCAGACCACAACAGCACAUUAGGUCCUAAACUUCUAGUAUUGCUAAGCACAUUGGUGAAGUUACUCUAUCCGUCAGAGCAUGACGAAAUCGUAGUGCUUUUUGAAAUGGUAACGUCACAUUCGGAAUUUUUGAAUGUAAUGCUCAGUUAUCACAGUUCAGAGAUAAAAUCCAGUUUGAUUGAAUUUCUUUAUACUUUGACGAGAACGAAUAAGUCUGUAAUGAAACUGCAACACGUACCAGUUUAUUUGAGUUCAUACCACGCGACGAGGAGUCCGUGUGAUCGAUUAAUAUUAGCAAUACUACAUUUCUACGAAACUAAUGGGCAACCUGUAAACGAAUAUAAGCCUUACGUAUUCGGAGAUUCUGCUGCAAAUUAUUACGCAGUUCGCAAAAACAGAUCAGCAACAUUAUGGAGUCAUCCCACUCCGAAUCGAGUACUAAGUUUGUUCGAAAGAGAUAAAAUAGAGCGCACGAUACGAAAUUUCCCAGUGAAUCAAAAUUUGGAAUACCAUUACGAUCUAUCUAUAAAUGGAAAUACGACAUUAAAGGAUUCAUUGACGAAAAUUUCAAAAGAGGGUAUUUUAAAAUCAGUGAAAGACAAAGAAGGUGCAGUAAAAUGUAUGGUUUCUAAUAUAUUAUAUGAAGAAGUAUUGGGUACAGUGACAGAGGAUGCUAUUAAUUGUUCCCAUUUGGACGUAGGGUCAGACAUUUACGAUCCUGCGUUUUUGUUUCCUCUACUGAGCCAUCUCCUAGCCCCAGGAUCCGUAGCGUCGUGCUUCAAGCUGUUGCGGACUGGUUUGCUGUCGGUACCUGUGAUGGCUUUGAGCUCACUAUGCCCAAAGAUGAGGGCUGCAGCUUACCACGUGUUACAUAGGUUCUGCUUGCUACUGGAGACUGAGACAAAACACAAGAAUGACAAGCUAUUCCUCACGGAUUUCGUCACGACACUCCGUCAUAGCAUCUCUUCGGCUAUUAAUUCAAACACUUCCGAUGGCAAGAACCCCAGACUCCCUUCAAUCGAUGCUCUAUAUCUAGCACGUGCACUCAUGGUAUCGACCUCCCCCGCAGAUCCCCUAUACAAACCAGUAAACAAUUUUUUCAUAGCGAAACAACUCGUAGACUUAACAGUGGUCCCAGACUUUCUGAGUCUCUUCCAUGACAGCGACGUCGAAUCCGCAGAUCGAAGAUUCUGGAUCUUGAACGUCAUCAGAGACGGAAGUAAAACCAUGACCGAUGUAAACGUAAUCUUCAAAACUAUGUGUCUUAAAAUGAUCAUGGAUUUUUAUUCCUCAAUACUAAGCGAUAGAAAGACCAAAGGAAAAAUCCUAGGGGUUAUAUCUUCAUUGGUGGCUAUUCCUAGAGCGUUCGAGAUUCUAGUGGAAGGAUAUGGUUUAAUUUCGUGGAUCAAAUUCGUUGUUAACUCAAUCAGCAAAGAUGACAAGAUAUUAUUAAUAAAAUUGAUCGAAUUGAUAAAAAACAUGUUACAUAGUUUGAUGAUAAAUGCGUUGUCGAAAAACUUGUCGACAGCGAAGAAUGGAAAAAUGGCGUUCGAUUUGAAAGUAAACAAAGAUGUUGAAUAUGAAUUGAUGAGUGUUUUGUAUGACUUGCAGCAGCACACGACCGGUAUGGAAGUUGAUGAUGUAGUGGCUUAUAUUGAUGUUUGUUUAUUGCUUUCAAAAAGAACAGUUAAGCUGCUGACUAGAGAGCAAAUGUUGAUUUUGGUGAGUCGCAUUGCGUCGGCGCUAGAUAGUGAAAGUGUCAAAUUAUUAUCUAAAGCGGUAGUGGACUGUGAUGCGACUAUUCUUUCUAGUAAGAACAAUGUAAAUGUUGGUUUAGAACGGAGAGAUUGUUUGCUAAAUGCAUUGACAAGUUUUGUAAAUAGUUAUUUGUUGUAGGAUAUGUAAAACGAAAUUGUAAUUUUGUUAAAAUAAAUUGUGUUAUAUAUUA